CCACACCGGAAGUUGAUUUAUUGAAAAAUUGAAAAAAGUAAUAUUGAAACUGAUUGAAAAACUUUAAUUCUAGCAAAGAUGAGUAUGUUUGGCAAAGUUGAAUUCGACGAAGCAUGCAAGGAACUCGAUGAGCCUCAAAUAGAAGACUACGAAUUCUUCACCGAGUCACACGAUGUCCGAAUUUAUAGGCUAUAUAAUGAUCAAUCAGGAUUGUAUACUUACAAGAUAUAUGGAUUUAUGAAGGAUGUAGAGCCAGAUAUAUGUGCUCAGGUUUAUAUGGACUUGGAGUAUAGGAAGACAUGGGACACUUAUGCUAAAGAACUGAGGGAGGUCCAAGAAGGGGACAAAGAAGGAAUAUACUGGCAGGUCAACUACCCAAGCUACCUCUUCAUGUCAAAUAGAGAUUAUGUAUACAUGCGGCAAUACAGGGUGAUAGAGAAAGAUGGGAAGACGAUCCACUGUGUUUUAACAAGAAGUGAACCAUUUGGUAAUGAGCCUGAGAGAAGUGGGGUCAUCAGAGUGGAUGACUAUCUGUCCUACUCUGCAUUAACAAGUGAUGGUCAGGGAGGUACAAAAGCAUUCAUGAAAUACUAUGACAAUCCCAAGGGCAACAUUCCUACCAUGCUAAUAAAUUGGGCUGCCAAGACUGGAGUUCCAGGGUUUCUGAGUCAAAUGCAGACAGCUUGUAAAGGCUACCCAAAGUACCUUCAGUCAAAACAGACAACCUAACAUUGCUUCUCUAGGGGAGACUGUAAUAAAUUGCAACAGAUUAUGGAAGAGAUUGAGAUCUGAUUCCAAGCAGGACAUUGACGCAACAAAUCCUACAAAAAGACAAUUAAAAAUAGAAUUUGUAUCCACUCCAUUGACCCCCAUUUAUGUAAGGCACCAUCUUAUGUUGUAAGGUAAGACUAGGAUAAGUCUUAAGUCAGAAACAAUCAUGCUUACGAAAAGGACAUUAUAUAACUUAAAGUUAAAAAUUAACUGUCUUAUUGGACACAACAUGUACAACUUGCAUGUGACUGGAUAAACCUUGUACUUUAAGCUGCUAUGUAAUAGUCAGAUGGACUUUUAAUUAAUUGUCUUAUUGGACACAACACGUACAGUGCAUGUGACUGGAUAAACCUUGUACUUAAAGCUGCUAUGCCAUAGUCAGAUGGACUUUUUAAUUAAUUGUCUUAUUGGACA